AACGUGGUCUCUGAAUAUACCAUUACCAACCAAGACCAUAUGGGUACUCAAGGAUUCCACUAGCGUCCGCUCUUCUCAUCCUUCUUCUUCAGAAUUACACGCACAGGGCGAGAUACUUGGAGACUAGUAACCCUUUUAAAACCAAAUUCCUUGAAGUGAAAACAAUGGUUGUGUUUACGAAUGUUUCCGCCGCGAAUUUGCCUUAUCAAAAUGGGUUUUUGAAGGCAAUUUCAUCUGGAGGUUGUGAUCUAAUGGGACAUAGCAGCUUCAAAAUUUCAACUUCUUUUAAGACAAGAAUAAGGAGGAGGGGUGCUGGUCCUUUGCAGGUAGUAUGUGUGGAUAUACCAAGGCCAGAGCUAGAGAACACUGUCAACUUCUUGGAAGCUGCAAGUUUGUCCGCAUCUUUCCGUAGUGCUCCUCGCCCUGCAAAGCCUUUAAAAAUUGUAAUCGCUGGUGCUGGAUUGGCUGGAUUGUCAACAGCAAAGUACCUGGCUGAUGCAGGACAUAAACCUCUGUUGCUUGAAGCAAGAGAUGUUCUUGGUGGAAAGAUAGCUGCAUGGAAGGAUGAGGAUGGAGAUUGGUAUGAAACCGGUUUACAUAUAUUUUUCGGUGCUUAUCCGAAUGUGCAAAACUUGUUUGGAGAACUUGGGAUCAAUGAUCGGUUGCAGUGGAAGGAACACUCCAUGAUUUUCGCCAUGCCAAGUAAACCUGGAGAAUUUAGUAGAUUUGAUUUCCCAGAUGUCCUACCAGCACCCUUAAACGGUAUUUGGGCUAUUUUGAGGAACAACGAGAUGCUGACAUGGCCAGAGAAAAUAAAGUUUGCUAUUGGACUUCUUCCGGCUAUGCUUGGAGGUCAGGCUUAUGUUGAGGCUCAAGAUGGUUUAUCAGUCCAAGAAUGGAUGAGAAAGCAGGGAGUACCUGAUCGCGUGACGGAUGAGGUGUUCAUUGCCAUGUCAAAGGCGUUAAACUUUAUAAACCCCGACGAACUUUCAAUGCAAUGCAUUUUGAUAGCUUUGAAUCGGUUUCUUCAGGAGAAACAUGGAUCGAAGAUGGCAUUUUUAGAUGGUAAUCCACCGGAGAGGCUUUGUAUGCCAAUAGUGGAACAUAUUAGAUCACUAGGUGGGGAGGUAAGACUUAACUCAAGGAUAAGGAAGAUUGAGCUUGAGAAUGAUGGUACUGUUAAGAAUUUCUUACUCACUGAUGGAACCACUAUUGAAGGAGACGCUUAUGUCUUUGCCACUCCAGUCGAUAUCUUGAAGCUUCUUUUGCCUGAUUCGUGGAAAGAGAUACCAUACUUCAAGAGAUUGGAGAAGUUAGUUGGUGUACCAGUUAUUAACGUUCAUAUAUGGUUUGAUCGAAAACUGAAGAAUACAUAUGAUCAUUUACUCUUUAGCAGAAGUAACCUUCUGAGUGUGUAUGCUGACAUGUCGCUAACUUGUAAGGAAUAUUACGAUCCAAACCGGUCAAUGCUGGAGCUAGUAUUUGCACCUGCAGAGGAAUGGAUAUCAAGGACCGACUCUGACAUCAUUGAUGCAACGAUGAAAGAGCUCGAAAGACUCUUCCCUGACGAAAUCGCAGCAGACCAAAGCAAAGCUAAAAUUCUCAAAUACCAUGUCGUAAAAACUCCAAGGUCUGUGUACAAGACGAUCCCAGACUGUGAACCAUGUCGUCCUCUACAGAGAUCUCCUAUUAAAGGAUUCUACUUAGCUGGGGAUUACACUAAACAGAAGUACUUAGCUUCCAUGGAAGGCGCUGUUCUCUCUGGCAAAUUUUGCUCUCAGUCUAUUCUACAGGAUUACGAGCUAUUAGCUGCUGCUUCUGGACCGCAAAAGUUGUCGGAGGCGACUCUAUCAACAUAAGACACAUGAAAGCUUAAAUAACAUUUCAAUACAAAGUUACAGAUUUGGCAAAUGGAAAAAUUGCAAGGAAAAAUAUGAAUGCACUUUGAUUAUCUAUGUACUGCUUCAAUGUCUUAAAUAAAAUAUUAGUUCAUUUC